AAAAAAUGUUCUCAAAAAUGUAAUGCAACGGAAAUAUGCGUUACGAUAAACAUGUAGAUCUGACUGUGAGGGAUUGCGAGAGAGUUGAGCGUGAGUGAGUGCAGCCCAGUGCAGCCGAACGUUGGUAUUGAAGCUAUUGGCGUUGCUUCCAAAACAACAAAUGUUUAGUGCUUUUGUUUCGCACAGCUGUAACACAAAAUAAAGAGAGAAUGAUAUAGAUAAAUUCAUUAUUGGUUUUGAAGUAAUCGAUGUACUACUUUUUAGGAUUUUAACAUAUUGUGCGUGAUACAGUGUUUCGUCGAAUAUAUUUGCGCAUAUAUGUUGAACAAACGAUCGAGAAUACAUUGGAAUCGAAUUUCGUGAAGCUAUCCACAGGCUUUAGGACGCUACGGGUGUGAAGCGAUGUUUAAAUAUCGAUAAAGUUUUUGUAAACAACAAGUGUAAAGAUAUGGCUACUGUAACUCAAUCUUUCCCGAAGAUUCUAAAAAUGCUACGGGAAACUAGUAGCAACAAGGAAAAGAGAGAGGCUUUAACCUAUAUUCGCAGUAAUUUUAAAAAGUUAGAAUCUUCGAAUAAUAUUAAGGAAGAGCAAUAUAAGGAUCUAUGCAAGUUAGUUGUAGAUGCUUCUACAAGCAAGGAUCAAAAUAUACAACAUGAGGCAUACGAUACACUUACUUGUAUUGUGCAAAAUUUCAGGAGUCACAAAUUAAAUUUAUUUGAAUCAAUGUUACAUAUAAAUAGAAAGGACAGAUUAAAAAUUCUUAAAUUACUAGAUGUUGUGGAUGAUAUAGCCAUAUUAAUAGCUGCCAAUGAUAAGUCAAUUUUUCAUUUAUUAAAUGAUUGUAUGCAUACUAUACAGUCUGUCACAAUGAAUUGGCUUUUACCAACAGCAUGUACAGAUAAUUUACAAAAAUUAACCGAAGUUGAAAACAAAGUAUUAUCUAAUAAUCAGAAAAUUGAAGAAGAAAUGAUUAAUUAUAGUCUUAAUUUGUUGAGGAGACUAUACAAAGUAGCUGAUGAGAUGGCAGAUAAUAAAAUACAAAGGUUUGAUGAAUUACUAAUGGAGAAAGUUGUACUAUUAGCUUAUAUGGGUCAUAAGAGACAACGCAGUCCAGCUUUAAAAGUUUUACAGCAAGCAAUCACAACAAAUUUGUCUACACAUGUUCGUAAUGAAUUACCAGAUGUUUGGACACAAUAUAAAACAGAUUUACAAUCUAUAUAUUGUAAACGAAUGCAGCUUUUAGUAACAGCGUGUGAACUUGAUUGGGCUGUUCAAUGGAAUAUUAGCGUUCAAUUGCUUGGUACCGACCUUCAUCGUGGUGCAAGUUUGAUAAAUAAUUUGCUCAGCGUUGAGGAAAGAGCCUUCAAAUCUUCAGAUGCUGUUAUAAGGAGGCAAGCUUUCCUUUCAUGGAAAUUGUUGAUAGACAAUUUUGCUUUAGAUUCCCAAGAACUUGGAACUACAAGAAGAAUAAAAUUGUUGUGUAUACCAUUAAAUGCAAAAAAUAGUAAGACUGAAUUAAUAGCGCUCACUAAAUUGGAAGUUUGGUGGCAUUUGAUCAUUAAACUUUAUAAAGAUAUCGGAAAAUUUGUUGAUCCUGUGAUAACGCAGUUUUUGAAUUUUUGCUUUGGUCCUCUUGGAGAUACACCAUUACUUUCAUCUAAAUGCGAUGUUGCUUCACCUGGCAAGAGAUUUUUUAAAACAAAAUUAGUUGCUGUGGAUGCUUUAUCUCAACUGCUUGUUGCAAAACAAGAAAAGCAUAUGCUUUAUACACCAAUUUUAGAAGAAAUGCUUCCACAUUGUAUAUGUGGUACAAUUUUUCAACAAUGUUAUAAAAGUAUCAUACAUAGUGUUGGAGAAGCUUUACUUAUUUUAAGCCAAAUUAAUGAUAAAGAAAUGAAAAAUAGAUGUCAAGUAGGGAAACUUCUAUGGUCAAGUUUAGUUAACUUUGCUCAAGAAUCACAGACAGAAAUAAAGGAUCUCGUUUAUAAAGACAUUUUAUUAGUAAUAAAUGAAUUGGUAAAUCAUAUUGCUGAUAAGCCAAUGAUUCAAGAUCUGAUUCUUGAUGUUAUCAUAAUUGAUUUACCUAAUUUUAAUAAGGAUAUUCAAAUUCACAGUGAAAUGUUGUCAGAUUUAUUAUUUAAACUUUUUUCAAUAUCAAUAUUACAAAAAAUAAAGAAGAAUCAUUGUAAAGGACUUAAUUGCUUAUUAUGGGAAUGUGUUAAACCUAAAAUAGGAAAUGAGUACUGUUCAAAUAUAUUGGAAUUCUUGAAAACGGUUUUAGAUAAAAUUACACAAGUUAAUGUAGAAGAUAAAUCAACAACUGUUAUACCUGAGAUAUGGUGCAUUGUAGCAGAAAUAUUAACAAAAUAUAUGGAAGAUUCAUGUAAUAUCAAUGAAGGCAAUGCUGCUCAACAUAAUUUUAAGACUAUAGAAUAUAUUUUAAAAUUUCCAUUUAUGCAUAUAUUUUUAAAGGAUUUAAAACAGGUUCAAGAAAUUAGUGGGACUUGGAAAAAAUUAUAUAAGCAAUUCGAUUUACAAGGAGAUUUGAUUGUCACAGUAAAAUCUAAUGAAAUAUUGUUAAGUACCAUAAAAAUGAUGCAGGGUUGCUUAACCAAAAAUAAGGAUUGUAAUAAUCUCAUAACUACCUGUUUGGAUACAUUAUUGAAUAAUUUAAAUUAUAGUUCUUUACUUGCUUGCAAUGAAAUACCAUCUGUUGUGGAAUUUUUGAUAGAUCUUAUUAGAACUACUUUGAAUAAUUCACAAUUUAUUGACUGUGAUAUCACAUUGAAAGCAUUAUCCGUAGUGCUUAUUACUGUAUAUGGCCAUGAUCUAAAAAAGGCAGUAUUGUGUUUACAGUAUGUAAAACCAGUGAUCGAACUUGUACUCAUAUCUUCAACAGGAACAUCACUGAAAGAAAUUACGAAUUUGUGGGAGACCGUAAUUAGUAUUUUUAAAGGUCUUGAAAAGAGUUAUAGUUCGGAAUUUUUGUCGCUAUAUAAAGAAAUCAUUAUUCAAUCUAUAAACCACUCUAACAUGGAAAUAGCAACGCACACAUUGUCAUUCUUAGGCGAAGAAAAUAAUUUCGAUGAUAAAGGACAAUGCAUAGUGCAGGAAAUACAAAAGAGGAUAAAACCGGAUAAAUUACCAUUCAAGUUAAACAAUGCAGAAAAGAAGAUAGGAGAUAAAGAAAAAUCUGCGAAACAAAUGAAGAUGGCAGGGAGUUUUUUAAAUAGAAAAUCUGUAAGUCCUAAGAUGAUACUUACCAGUGCACAGAAAGAGAAUGAUGAAAAAAGGAUAUCAAUGUCUGAUCCCGAGACCCAGGAAUAUGUCUAUAUUAAAACAGACGUAAAAUAUGAUGUGAAUCGUUUGACCGAGCAUCAAAAAGAAAUAUUAAAAAAGAAAAGAGAUGACAUCCCUGCAUUGUAUAAUGAUCUUUCACAAUCAUCUUCACAAAGUACUCAAAAUUUGCAGGAAUGGUUUGAUAAAAGAGGUAAACGUAUUAAUGAAGCAGAUUAUACACACGAUGCUAAAAAAAAUGAUACUGUGGAAGAAGAAAAUAUCGAUCAUGAUGCUAACAAAGAAAAUACUAUUGACUCUACAAUUACGGAGUACAGUGUCAUUGAUAAAACAGACACUACUAGUAAUACUGAUUUGAAAGCCAUACAACAGGGUGUUCAACCAGUACAAUCUACAAGUUUGUUAAGUGAGGACAGUACGUCUAAAAAAUGUAUUGACAAUAAUACGAACGAUAAUUCAUCGAAAGAACAGACCAGUUUGAUAUCAAAUGACAAAUUGGGAACAUCAUUCGACGAUGAUAAGGAAGAAACGUAUGAACAUGAUGAAUUAAAUUCCGUUGCAAAACGAUUAAACUUCGAAUCUCGAGAUGAGUUUCCUGAUGAAAAAGAGUCUGAACAACGAUUAUCACCAUCGGUAUUAGAAAAUGGUAAACGACGGAAUCGCAAUAGUACGACGAGAACAGGUUCCAAUGAACUUGAUUCUGAUAAAACAACGAAUGUCCAGGGUGAACAAAGUGAAUCUAAAAUGUUAAAAACAUUGAAAACAAAAUCGAAUCUAACUAAACAGAGGAGAGGUACAAAACGUAAGUAUGCUUCAGACAGCGAUUCUGAGGAAACUACGUGUCAACGAAGGCGAAGAAAGUAUACUAUUUCUGAAACUCCCAGUGACUCUGAUAGCGUCGUACCAUCUUUAGAAAGUGAACAUUUGGAGGGAACAAGAGAAGAACAAUGCUUGAGCCAACGUACGAAAAAUGAGAUAUCGAGGCUAAAAAUAAAUAUGGUAUUUUACAGUCCAUUACCAAAUCGUCGACGAUCCAAACAACAAGAACAAUUAAAAGAUACUAAUUGCGAGAAUAAAAUCUUACGAACGUAUGCACGAAAAAGUCCAGACUUGAAGAUUACUGAAGAAGUAAAGCCGAAUGUAUAUGGUCAGUCUGCAUUUAAAAAGAAAAAUAAGAAAAGUUUCAAAUUCGAGACAAAUAAAAAUGAUGAAUUACCUACGACUGAGAAUGCCGUAGAAAUGGAAACUAGUAAUCCUGAUGUCGGAGAUUCUAAAUCUGAAGAAUGUACAAACGUAUUGCCUGAAAUCGCAGAUAACAUUAAUGUCGAUGUUCAAGAUGAAAUUACAGAUAAAGAUACUUCAUUGAAUGUUGGUAAAAUAAAAGACAGCAAAAAGAAAUUUAAAGAACACGAUGUGAAUACGAACGAAAUGAAUACUAAACAGAGUAAUAAAGUAGAUAACAUCACAGUAAAUAAAGAGGAACUAUUAUUAUCCGCAGAAGAUGGGACUCAAGAGAUUAUACAAAAUUCACAAGAAGAAAAUGCAAUGUCAAAAUUGGAAGGAAAAUAUAACGAUAAACAAUGUUUUAUUAAAAUCGAUAAAAUCGAUAAAAUAGUUAACGUUCCGGUCAUGAAAUCUUAUAACUUGUGUAAUAAAGAUAAUGUUUCGACGGAAUCUACUACACUAAAGAAAAGUACAAAAGAAAUACCUAAUGUGCCUAAAAAGAUUCCAGACGAUGACCCUAAACUCGAUGAUAAAAUUGACGAGACAGUACAUAUAGAGGAUAACACUGUAACAGUUGUAAAUACUUCUUCGGAUCAUGAAAUUGUAUGUAUUCAGCGUGAAGAUGAGAGGAAGACAUCUUCGGACGUACCGCAAGCAAAUAGUUCACCUACACAUAAAAUAUCUGCAAUGGUUGUAUCAUCACCUAAAAAUAAUAUCAAGCGACUUUUAAAGUUAAAAACUUAUCCAAAUAAGGGAGGUCGCGCAGCUCAUAUGUUGGGUUUAGUCACGAAACAAAUAUUAACAGAAACUAAUAGUCAAAAUGUAAAAGCGGACGAGGAUGUAAUAGCAAAGAAGAUUAAAUCUAAAGAAGGAGAAAACGAGACGCAUAUAGCGAAAAAAGAUAAAAUUACGAUAUUUAAAGAUAAUGAUAAAAUCGGAGGUCCAUGUAGUAGCCGUCAAGAAAAAAUAUUUAAUAAUAUGAAAUCUGGAGAAUACAUUUCAUCUUCGCCAGUUAAAUCGUUUUGUAAUUUAAAAAAUGACGGUGAAAAACUUUCCUCCAAUAUAGAUAAAACAAUACCUGAUUACAUGCUAAUCAGCUUGGAAGAUACAGUUGAGAAAGGAAAUGACGGAAGUUUAUCGCCGUCUCAGGAAAAAACAGAAUUACCUAUGCUAGAAUGGUCCAGUGCUAAUCCGCCAUCAUUAACUGCAUCACCUAGUGCUAGUAUUCUUAAACGUCAUCGUUUAGCUAUAACAGAAUGUGAUUUAGAAACUACAGCAUCAAACAAGAGAAAACGAGUUAGUUUCGCUGACCCUCCAGUUUCCAAGGAAAUGGGUUAUGAGAUUACGCUUACUGAAUCUCCUGAUAAAGCAACUAAAUUAUCUUCUCGUAUUUUAUUGUUUCGCAAGGAUUCGCCGCUACGAAUGAAGCAAACAAAACUUAAAUUCAUUCAAAUUGAUUCGGAAAAAGAGGAUAAGAAUGUUGAAAUGCAACCAGAUUACGGAUGUGAAGUCGAUUUACAAUGUGAAAGAGAGAAUGAAUUAUUAACAAAAAUAGCGGAGGAAUUGGAAUAUACUGAUGACAAUAUGGUAAUAGAUGAUCAUACAACCUGUAGUUUUUCAGAGAACAUGAACGAAACUUCAGAAGCAAAGUUAUAUACCGCGGUUGCAUUUGAUUUGUCUCAAGAAUUAGAAAUGGCAGAAAAGGCGGCUAUUCCUAAAGAGGCACAGUUUCCAUCGUCGACUAAAAAUGACGAAAUAUUUCAAUCCCAAGAAUCCGCAACUCAGCAAGAUAUGUUUGGUAGUGCGGAUGAUAAAGAUAAUACGGGGCAGUCUCAAACCGAAGAUAAAAAUGUGAUUAAUGAAAACGAUUCAGCGAUUUUUUCACAGUUAAAUAUUACAACUAAUGCAGAAAAUUUAGAAGAUACGAUAGAUGUGGGAAAUAUUACUAGUUUGAAUUCUACAGCGAAUUCAGAUGACGUAUUUUGUGGGAAACCUUUACGAACUAGUACACAAACGUCAGAACCAAUUGCGGACCAAGAUACUUUACCAGUAACCGAUUCAAUAUUUGGGAGUUUACCUAUGAGCCAAGCUAGCGAAUCUAGCCUCAAAAGUUCUAAUCCAGAACUUUUAAAUGAUACAGAACCGGUUUGUUUAGAAUUGACGUCCUGUCAAGAUCCUAUCAAUGUCAUAACAGAAUACUUAACUUAUCCGUCGUGGAUUAAACCUUUGAAUUCUUAUUUUACAAGUAGAAACAUAGUUACUGUCGGUCAUCUUGCACAAUUGACCUGUCGUGAAGUAAAUAGAAUGCCUGUAAAGGGUAAUUCUAAAGUUAAGUUUGUUAAGAAAAUUUUGCAACAUUACAUAAAUAAAAGUUUGCUAGUAAUGAAAAAUCCGAAAUCUUCUUUUGAAUUAAAUUCUAGUCUUUCGGUUGCCACUAAAGCAAUAAAUUGCAAUUUGCAAAAGGAAGUACUUGACAUGUCCUGCCAGACAGAAAUAUUCACAAAUACAGAUAAUGCAUGUAGAACGGAAUCAAGCAACUCUAAUGUUUCAUCUCAAAUACCAUCAAUUAUUAAAAUAUCAACGAUCGAUUCAAAACGUACGACUAAAUCUGUCGGUGUCUGUACUGAUUCUGUGAUAUCUUCAAAGUCUCCAAAUGUAGCAACAAAAUCAGUCGAAGCUCAAAUGGCAUUAGAAGAUCUUUUGGAUGAAAUCGAUGUUAAUUUAGUAAUGCAAAGUGCUGUCAAACGAAGUACUUCUGAAAGUAUACUUGCACAUUAUAAGAUGAAAACGAGAGCUUUGCCAGAAGCAGAAUUUGAAAAGGAAACGUUAAAACUGCUUGGACUUGACAAUAACGGAAGCUACUACGAAACGAAAUUAAAAUCUGCAUGUCGUGGUUGCGGCAUUAAUAAAGUUCUUUUAAGACUUCCCGAUAUUUUUAGUGGCGAUAAACAAUUCUUCCAUAAAGUUCUUAACGCAUAUCGGAAGAAAAUUACGAUUAGCGACUGCAUGAACAUCUUUGAUUUUAAAGAAAUAAAAGAUUUUGUAUGUCAAAAAUGUACAUCUUCGGAACUGGCUGCCAUGUUAUCGGUGAUAUUGAAAAAGGAAGAGAAUGAUGGUAUUAAAACUCCUAUGACAGAUCUAUCGUGUUUUAGUGACAUGUUAAAGAGAGUUCCCAUGGAUGUAAUAAUUAGUCAUACAGUUGCAAACGACGAAUUAAUUCCACCACAACUCGUUUUGGAUAUUGCUUUGCAAAAUAGUAGUUUAACUGACAUAACAGAAACGCUCAAGUUACAGAAUCCAAAUCUUAUACAAGAUGUGUUCGAUAAGCUGUGGUCUACUGAAUUAGUAUUGUCGCAUCUCGAAAAUAAAAGUGAAAGAGACGAAUUACUUAAGAUUUAUAAGGCAAUCAGUUCGAAAUUAAGUCCUAAAGAAUUAUUGGACGCAUAUCACGAUUCGAUGAAAGCUAAAUUAUCUUCGGAUGAAAAUGAAAAAUGAAAAUAAAGACCAUUUGUACUAAAAUAUUUAAAGAAGCAUCGUCAGUGAUCGAUGAGUAUCGUUGAUGUAAUCAUUCAUCUUACAUUUAUAUCUCAUUUAUUUUACACGAAUUUAGUAUAAGUAUAUUGUAGAACGAAUUGGUGAAGAGUUUAUGCACUUUAUUUUCUUCAUUGUGAUAUGUGGAUAUAUAUAUAUAUAUAUGUAUAUACAUAUAUACAUAUCUGUUUGUCACAAAUAAUAUUAGUUCAAUUUUGGAACUGUGUAAACGAAAUUAAACAGCUUUAUUGUGUGCUGGAUGUGUUAACGAUAUUCUAACAUUGUAUAUACUAUGAGCUUCUAUAAAAUUAAGAAAGAAAUUAUCGUUCUUCUUGAACUUUUAAUUUAUUCAAAAGCUGAUUAAACAGAAAUCACAUUGUCGAACAAAGUACGAGUAAUAAUUCUUUUUCUACUUACCGAUUUUCGCUAAGGUAUGUUAGAACAAAACGACGGUGUUUAAAACAAUCUCUCAAAUAAGAAUAAUAGCGGAUUAAAUAUAAUUAUAUUAAUAAAUUAACUUCGAAGAGACUGUAUUCGAUGAAAUUUAGGUUCAAGAGACGAUUUUCUAGCUAAUAGUUUUGCGAUCACGUGAAUUUCGAUCCUAAAUUUUGACGCAAAUAUUAAGUGACCUCCUUUCUACGCUGUCAUGGUAGGAUUAAGCAUUUAUUAUUGUAAAUACGUUUAUGUAUAUUGAUUAUAAUUAUCGACAGUCAAUAUAUUUAACGACUACCAUUCUUCGUAUAAAA